GACGUGGGUGCCAUAGCGUUUCCUAAAUUUGUUUUGUUCGGCGCCGGCUGCCUUGGGAAAGGGUUGUUUUUUUUUGGUCAUGAAAAGCCGCUUUAAAACGUCGUUGAAAUUUUUUAAAAACGUUCUCUCACUUGACGAUUCUUCGUCUCUCUGGCAGUCUUAUUCUUUGUCCCUCUCCUCACUUGCCUCACUCAAUCAUCUCCAUACAUACACACACCCCACCUCCUCUUCACUGCCUUUACGAUCACACACACAAACACACCGGUGUUGUUGAAUAUUAUACAAGUCCAAACGCAAUCACGCUCGUUUGAUGGACUCGCUCUCGCCGGUGAUCGGUCCGAAGUUGGUUGUUCCUCUCCGUUCAGUUCGUCGAAUCCUCGGCCCUGAUCUCCAGCCGAACCUGAACCGAAUUUGCAACAAGAACAAGAAGAUUAAUGGCAUGCAUGCGGAGAACACGAAGCCUCGUGCGGCCUCGUCUGCAGCAGCGAUCGACUUUAGGGAUCGUGAUUGGAAGUCCAAGUACGAAGAUGACUUCCAGGCUCGAUUCAACAUUCCUCACCUCACCGACGUUAUCGAGGACGCCCUUCCCAUUCCCUCCACCUUUUGCCUCCGUAUGAGAACUCCAACUCAAGAUUUUGCAGAUGGUUACAUUAAUAACAAUGACAGAGUACUUCUGAAGGUUAUAAACUAUUCCUCUCCUACAUCUGCUGGUGCUGAGUGCAUUGAUCCUGAUUGUACUUGGGUGGAACAAUGGGUUCACCGUGCCGGUCCUCGGGAGAAAAUAUACUUUAAACCGGAAAAUGUAAAAGCAGCAAUUGUGACCUGUGGUGGACUCUGCCCUGGUCUUAAUGAUGUCAUCAGACAGAUUGUUAUCACCCUUGAAAUAUAUGGUGUGAAAAAGAUUGUGGGGAUUCCUUUUGGUUAUCGCGGAUUUUCAGACAAAGACUUGAGUGAAAUGCCACUAUCCAGGAAAGUGGUACAAAAUGUCCAUCUUUCUGGUGGAAGCUUGUUAGGAGUCUCACGUGGAGGACCCAGUGUUAGCGACAUCGUGGAUAGUAUGGAGGAAAGAGGAAUUAACAUGCUUUUUGUGUUGGGUGGAAAUGGAACCCAUGCGGGUGCCAAUGCAAUACACAAUGAGUGCCGUAAAAGACGACUGAGGGUGGCUGUUGUUGGUGUGCCAAAAACCAUAGACAAUGAUAUUUUGCUGAUGGAUAAAACUUUUGGUUUUGACACUGCUGUUGAAGAAGCACAACGUGCAAUAAAUUCUGCUUACAUUGAGGCACAUAGCGCUUAUCAUGGUAUUGGAAUUGUCAAGUUGAUGGGCCGUAGUAGUGGAUUUAUAGCCAUGCAAGCCUCCCUUGCUAGUGGACAAAUUGAUAUAUGUUUGAUACCAGAGGUUUCUUUUAAUUUACAUGGACCCCAUGGCGUCCUGAGGCAUCUGAAGUACCUACUUGAGACAAAGGGAUCGGCUGUAGUCUGUGUAGCAGAGGGUGCUGGGCAGAAUUUUAUCCAGAAAACCAAUGCCAAAGAUGCAUCCGGAAAUAUUGUUUUUGGAGAUUUUGGUGUACAUUUACAACAAGAGACAAAGAAAUACUUUAAUGAGAUUGGUAUUACAGCUGAUGUGAAGUACAUUGAUCCGACAUACAUGAUCCGAGCAUGCCGUGCAAAUGCAUCAGAUGGAAUUCUUUGUACUGUACUGGGUCAAAAUGCGGUUCAUGGUGCAUUUGCUGGAUAUAGUGGCAUCACUGUUGGGAUAUGCAACACACACUAUGUAUAUCUUCCCAUUCCUGAAGUCAUUUCUUACCCCAGGGCUGUCGACCCUAAUAGCCGCAUGUGGCAUCGUUGCUUGACGUCAACCGGCCAACCAGACUUCUUGGAUUGAGGAAGCAUUCUAAUUUAUAUACAUUACAGGAGAUUUGAGAAACCUAAGCUUUAUAAAUGGGAAGAUUAGAAAACAGACAUCCAGCCAGCUGCACAAGGUUUUUGGUUGCCAGUCCACAGCAUCAUGUUGAAGAAAUAAUACAAGGAUGGCAUUUCUUCCAUUUUAUUUUAUUUUAUUUUUUUGGGUGUAUAGCAUUGCACUGCCAGUUCUCAGAUAAACAAGUAAGAAUAAAAAUUCCAUAGGAACCACCCCAACCAUUUUGUAAUUGUUUCCUUAUUGUCUUCUGUAAAACAUGUUUCCGAAAAAAAAUGUUUUGGAAGGGGAAGAGACAGGAGAGGAAUGGAAGAGGCUGCCGGCAAAAUUGCAAAUAUAACUAUAAUAUAUUUUUAUUUUUUAUA